AUGACCCAGCCCACAUUCUCCUCGAACUACUCAUCGGAAGAAGGCCUGAACGACCUCACACCUCUCCUGAAAGGUUCUGGGCAAGGAGGGAGAUGGACGUUAAUACCCAGUGGAAAAGGGAUUGAGAGACGGUUUCAGUUUAAGGGGUUCAAGAAGACAUGGGAAUUCAUGAACCUGAUAGCCCCAGAAUGCAUUAAGCAAAAACACCACCCGGAAUGGUCAAAUGUGUAUAACACGACUUAUAUUCGUUGGACUACGCAUUCGCCGCCUGGGUUAUCUGCUAAAGAUGUGCUGAUGGCGAGGUUUUGCGAUGAGCAGGCGGAGAAGUGUGGGGAGGUUGUGCAGGAAGAGGGAGAAGGGGAGAAAGAGGGAGUAAAAGGAGGCGAGGAUGGAGAUGUUGGGAAGGGAUUGGUGGAUAGAGUUGCUAGUGAGGCGGGAGAUUGUUGUGUGCCAAAGGGGAAGGGGAAGGGGACGUAA